AUGUCAGUAUCAAGUUUGUUAGGCAAUUUUUGCCAAACAGGUGAUGAUGAUGAUGAUGAUGAUGAUGAUGAUGAUGAUGAUGAUGAUGAUGAUGAUGAUGAUGAUGAUGAUGAUGAUGAUGAUGAUGAUGAUGAUGAUGAUGAUGAUGAUGAUGAUGAUGAUGAUGAUGAUGAUGAUGAUGAUGAUGAUGAUGAUGAUGAUGAUGAUGAUGAUGAUGAUGAUGAUGAUGAUGAUGAUGAUGAUGAUGAUGAUGAUGAUGAUGAUGAUGAUGAUGAUGAUGAUGAUGAUGAUGAUGAUGAUGAUGAUGAUGAUGAUGAUGAUGAUGAUGAUGAUGAUGAUGAUGAUGAUGAUGAUGAUGAUGAUGAUGAUGAUGAUGAUGAUGAUGAUGAUGAUGAUGAUGAUGAUGAUGAUGAUGAUGAUGAUGAUGAUGAUGAUGAUGAUGAUGAUGAUGAUGAUGAUGAUGAUGAUGAUGAUGAUGAUGAUGAUGAUGAUGAUGAUGAUGAUGAUGAUGAUGAUGAUGAUGAUGAUGAUGAUGAUGAUGAUGAUGAUGAUGAUGAUGAUGAUGAUGAUGAUGAUGAUGAUGAUGAUGAUGAUGAUGAUGAUGAUGAUGAUGAUGAUGAUGAUGAUGAUGAUAAAUGA